CAUUAGUGUAAUUUUUAAGGUGUUUUUAUUAAGCUCAAUAACUUCGUAGGAGAAAGAUGGGCAACGAAACGUUGGUGGAAAACUGGAACAGUAUUAUUCCACACAAAAUCAAAGUUUCUGAGUUGGAACAUCCGACGGAGUCGUUCGUGUUCAGGUGUUUGCUCAGCUUCUUUCGGAUGAUGAAGUACGACAUGCAGGAGUUUGAGAGUAUGUACAACGAGUCCAAGGAUUCCACGUUCCAGAAGCGAACCCAGCUGGUGGCCCACAUCAACCACUUCUACCAGCUGUGCGUCGGUUCCAAGCAGCACACGUUCUUCUACGUGGACCUCAUCAAACCUUCCCCCAAGAAGACGAUCCACGUGCUGAACCACCUGCUAAACUACUUGUUCUACGUAAACAUGGUCCGAGACGACACGAUCGAACGCGCCACGGCUUGCACCGCCAAAUAUCAGGAACUAUCCGUUCGUAUGAACCAGAAGCAGCGGGAGAUCGAGGACCGCAAGAUUAAGAUGAGUAAUAUCGAGCAAAACAUCAACAAAAUGGCCGACCAGGUGCCCCAGCUGGAGCGCAAGAACGAGAAGCUGCGCGAACAGAAGAAGGAACUACAGGAGAAGCUGGCGGCGAUCCGGGCUGCGGACGCCGAGUUCGUGGAGAAGGCAAUCAAGCUGAAGGCGGACUUUGCGACGAUGCGGGAUCAGCGCGUCGAAGACGAUGAGGCGGCCGCGUUAAUUCAGAAGAACGAGGAGCUGGAGCUGGAAAUUGCCGAGUGCGAGCGGCAGGAGAAGAACCUGCAGCAGACAAACUCGGAGUACGCGACGUUCAUCAGCAAGAUCAAGCCGUGCAUCUUGGAGGCGGAGCGGAUUCUGCAGAAUCCGUUGGAUAAUACGUUGAAAUCCCUCAAGAACGAGCUCGACACGCUGCAGCUCAACUGCCACCGGCUCGAGGUGGACCACGCCAACAAAAAGACCGUCCUGGAAGCGCUCCAGAAGAACUGCGAAGCGAUCCGGAAGUACGUGGACGAAAAGAGCAAGGAGCUGGCCGCGUGCCAGAAGCAAAAGCGCAAAACCGAACGGCAAACCGUCAGCGAUCUCAGCGAGAAGCAGCUGCAGCUGGACGACCUGACCGAGCAGAACGAACUCUACACCGGCCAGAUUGCGGCGCUGCGGGACGAGAUUCGCCUCAUUCUCCAGAUGGCGGACUAUGCGAUGCGAUUCCUGAUGCGCGACGGCAUCGCCACCAAAACGGGGGCGGGACGAAAGUUCAAGUGAGACAAUUUCAAACACAAAUACAAUCCAUGUUCAAACAGA